AUGGCGGCGAAUCAGCAGAAUCUUGAGAAAAUGCAACUCCGGCAGAAUUACCGGAAUCUCUGGCACACCGAUCUCUUGAGAACUAUCCAGGCCGAUACUCCAUAUUGCUGUUUCUCGCUGUGGUGUGCACCGUGUGUAUCAUACUUGCUUCGGAAACGAGCCCUUUAUGAUGACAUGUCAAGAUACACAUGUUGUGCUGGUUACAUGCCCUGCAGUGGUAGGUGUGGAGAGAGUAAAUGUCCUGAAUUUUGCCUUUGUACUGAGGUUUUUCUCUGCUUUGGAAAUUCAGUGGCCUCAACUCGUUUUCUGUUGCAAGAUGAAUUUAACAUUCAAACUACGCAGUGUGAUAACUGCAUUAUUGGUUUCAUGUUUUGUCUUAACCAAGUUGCAUGCAUAUUCUCUAUUGUUGCCAUGAUUGUGGGAAGUGAAGAAAUUUCAGAGGCUUCUCAGUUGCUAUCUUGUUUGGCUGAGCUUGUGUACUGCACGGUGUGUGCGUGCAUGCAGACUCAGCACAAGGUUGAAAUGGACAAGCGCGACGGAAAGUUUGGACCUCAUCCCGUAAUGGCAGUGCCCCCUGCUCAGCAGAUGUCACGCAUUGAUCAGCAAGUUCCUCCUUCGGUUGGGUAUGCACCACAACCAGCAUAUGGACAGUCUUAUCCACCUGCUCAGGGCUAUCCCGCCACUGGUUAUCCCCCAACUGCCUAUCCUCCACCUGCUAAUGCUUAUCCUCCACAAGGAUACCCCGCUUCUGGUUAUUCUAGGUGA